CUACCAGCUCACACCCUACCUGGGGUUGUAGUUCACAGUUACAGCCUAGGGCUAAAUCCCCAACACCCCAACACCACCAUGGACAGGCCAGAGUCACGGUGCCCUCCACCCGGCUUACUCCGGCUUCCCGUUCUUACAUGCCUCCUGAUCCUGACAGCUGUUCUGACGUAUCCCAUGCUCAGGACCCUCAGCCUCUGGCUGCACUCCUCCCUCACCGGGAGCUAUGUCUCUGGCUCUUACUCCAUCGUUUUUGUCAACUGUCCCAAUGAGCAAAUUGCCAGAGACAUUGCCAGGACCAUCCUGGAUAAGAAGAUGGCUGCAUCUGUGAACAUCUUGCCUAAGAUCUCUACACUGUACUUUUGGAAAGGAGAAAUAGAAGAAGGCACUGAGGUCUCACUGCUAAUAAAGACAAAGACUUCCAAAGUGCCCUGGCUGUUCGCCUAUAUGAGGUUGACGCAUCCUUUUGAAGUCCCAGAGAUCUUCAGUAUCCCCAUGGACCAAGGAGAUACUCGCUAUUUAAAAUGGCUUGAGGAAGGCAUGAAGGCGAACUAAGGAGGGAGAGAAGCUUAUUGUGCAGGCUGCUUUUGUUCACUGUGCUCUGGGAAAAAGCCGGCCUCCUUCUGCCUCCCAUAGGGCGUUCCUAACAGCACCCAGGUUCUAGCUGACCUGUGCAUGCUGAAUGAAGGACGGAGAAUUUCAAGGCUGGAAGUGAAGGCCAAUCAGGCCUGCAAGAACCAAGUGGAACCUGUUCCUGAGUGCUGUGUGUUUGCAGGUGGCCUGAGGGUGUGUGGGUAAGGAUGAGGGACAGAGAGGAGGCAGCAGUGUUGGCGAGGUGUCUCAUCUUCUGACUCUGGCUGGACCAUAAAGUACCUAGGGUGUAAUUGUUCCUCUUUUUCUUGUGGGGACCGGUGACCUUGCUUAUCUAGGCGUGUGUGGGAGAGCCAUCUUCUAAAGCAAUUGGUGUGGGCUCUAUUCAAACCUAGAGCCUGGUAGGAUUCAGGGGUCAGCAGAAUUAAUUAUAGCCUCUGCAUCUGGUGAAGAGGUGAAGCUGGGAAAGGGGUGCUUGAGCUUGUACAGACUAGGGGGUCAUUAGGGCUUCAACACAAGCUCCUGGGUUGGGAAUACAUCUUGACUUUUUUUUUUACUGGACUUUAUAAUAGACACAAAUAUCCUGGAGAUGUCGGUUCUGAGCCUGGGAACCUGCUGGCCAGUGUUUUUCAGACUUGCUGGACAGCGAGCGCUUCUGGGGUUGACAGAGGAACCCCCUGAACUUCUUGAGGAAUGUGGCCAUCACCCACAUCCCAAGUGAAGCUGUGAGAAGCUUGUAAAUCACUGUUGUGAUUUUCCCCAUUUUAUUCAUUACCACUAAAAAGUGCAUUUCAUGGAAUUUCCAUAAGGGAGGCAUAUUGAACCACACAGUGUAGCCAUCCAUGGUUUUCCAUACCAUGCUGAGGUAUGAACUACACUAUCUUCUACAGUGGCCCCAGGCAUCUCUGGUGAAGAGAACAGGGGAGGUGGGGGAGGCUGAGCUCAAGUCUGUGAAAAGGGAGGGUUGGAACAAACUCCAUUCAUGAAUCUCACAAGCUAAUCCACAAUGGGCAGACCACAGGUAGUUAGAGUUGGGAUACAGAAAGCUAUAGUAUCCUGGUCUCUUCUAUGGCAGUGUGUGUGUGUGUGUGUGUGUGUGUGUGUGUGUGUAGGGGUGGGCUGGCAAAUAGAACCACAUUUUAGUUCGAAUAGCUGCUGUGUGUCUCCCACCUUGAUGUCCCCAAAUACUAGGGUCUCCAAGGGCUCACCUGUGCAAACCUGAUCAGGACUGUAGGUUGAGGUCCUUCCGAAGGGCUGGAGAAUUCCACUGGUGGUUUUGAGGGCUGAAGAGUAGCAAUGUCCUUGAUCUUAAAAUACCAGUCUCUGAGGUAUACAUCUUGAAAAUCCCAUUUAAAAUGACCCUAGAUGGACCAUGUUGCUUUUUGUAUAAAGUCCAAUUUCUAGGUCUUCCUUUCAGAACCCUAUCCUUUCCAUCACUACCUCAAGUGUCCCCACCCACCCCGCCCUGUGGCAGAUGGGUGACCCUAGCCUGCGCUGUCCCUGUGCUCAUGAACUCCCCUGUACCUUUGAAAAGCCUCUUUCCUGGGCCGGAGGUCAGAGGCCUGUCUGAAUCUGGUUGGUCUCUUGCCCAAGGCUUGGGAAUUACCUCCCAAGUUGACAUUUCAGUUUCAAGGAGUUAAAUAAACAAAGCUUUCUCUACA